AACGCAGAUACUUGCGAUUGUUUGAGUAAUGAUUAAUGAUAGAAGCCAAGAAUGUGUCUAAUAUAUUUUAUGUCCUCCUAGAACGUCGUUUUGUUAUCAUUUUCUCUGGAAAUUCUUCGCAUGACUUGAAAUGUCUGGACGUCGCGGUGUGGUAGUACCUCAAAACACAUUUCUUGACAACCUUAUCAGAAAAACCAACGGGACUCAUGAAAAUUUUUUGCUUGCAAGUGCCAACAUCGUCGACUCUCCCAUUGUCUAUUCGAGCGAGGGUUUCACAAAAAUGACUGGUUACAGAAAAGUCAUGUGAUAAAGAAGAAAGCUGACUGCAUUUUUAUGUGUGGUUACCUUACCAGCAAAGACUCUUUCCGUAAUCUUCGAGCUACCAUUAAGGAAAAAAAGGACGCCCAGCUCGAAAUUCUCUUCUACAAGAAAGAUGGUACUCCGUUUUGGGUUUUGUUAAAUGUUGGUAUCGUUUACGAUAAUCAAUGCUCUCCAUUGUUUGUCAUCAUCACCUUUCAAGAAAUCACUCAAUACAAAGAAGCCAUUAAUUCUAAUUUGAUACAUCGAUGGGCUGUGAUCAAUAAAGGACUUCAUGUAAAUGGAAAUAAAGAGCCCGACAAUCCGAUGUUGAAAGCUAGAGAAGAGAAAAACCGAUUGCACAUUACCCAGUUAAUGCAAGAAAAAGUGGACAGUUUGCCUAAAUACAAGCAAGAAAUACCAAGUACACCACGUUUUGUCUUGCUUCAUUGCUCGAAAGGGAAGAUCUUCUGGGAUUGGUGCAUUCUUAUCUUGGUUCUUUAUACGGCGACAGCUGUUCCUUUCAUUUUCUGCUUCAAUUAUGAUUCACAGCCGAUGUUCAUCACAGACACUGUCGUUGACUUCAUCUUUCUCAUUGACAUUAUUGCUAAUUUCCAUACUUCCUACGUAGAUAACGACGGAGAGAUUGUGCUCGAUCUUAAGAAAAUUCGUUGCGCAUACUUAAAAACUUGGUUCUUUGUGGACAUGAUUACGUCAUUACCAUACGGUUUACUCAGUAUCCUCAUUUCCGGUGCUGGAAAGGAAAUCACAAGGUUCAUCAGCUUCCUGAAAGCUGUCCGCCUUCUGCGUAUUACUCGAAUAGUACGGGCACUUGAUCAUUAUCUUGAAUAUGGCUUUAUUACUCUGGUACUUUGGAUGUUAUUCUUCUGCUUGUGUUCCCAUUGGAUGGCAUGCACAUUUUAUACGAUAGCAGACAAGUACGACAACUUUACUGAUGUUGGCUGGGUCAAGACGAUGGCAGAACAAACGAAUCAGCCAUUCCUGUUGAAGGUCAACGCCUCGCGGAAGAUUGAAUCGCCAACCCUGGCUUCUCUGUAUAUGUCAGCGCUGUAUUUUUCACUCACAAGUUUAACAAGCAUCGGGUUUGGAAACGUCGCUCCAAAUACAACUGCGGAGAAAAUAUUCUCCUGUAUCACUAUGAUAUUUGGAGGAUUGUGCUAUGCCGUAAUAUUUGGUCAGGUGACAGCGAUUAUACAACAAGCUCAGAAGAAAUCCGAAAACUAUCAGCAGACUUUGGAUAACAUGCGGUCAUUUUGUAAUCUGUAUCGCAUCCCUAAAAAUCUUUCCACGCGAAUCACCGACUACUUUAAGUAUACGUGGGUUCUCAACAAAGGAGUUGAUACAAAUCAAGUCUUACAGAAUUGCCCAAAGGAUCUUCAGUCAGAUAUUUGCAUCCAUUUAAAUCGCAAAAUUAUUGACAGUACGCCAGCGUUUGAUAAACUCCCCAAUGCCGUACUUCGUGCUGUUGCAAGAAACUUUGCGAUCCACAGAGUGGCACCAGGUGAGAGAGUAGUACACGAAAGAGAAAGUUUGGAUACGCUAUACUUCAUUGCCUGUGGCUCAUUUGAAGUUACUCAAAAAGGAAAAGUUGUUGGACUGUUGGGUGAGGGUGAUGUCUUUGGUGAUGAUGUGUUUCAUCACAAUGAUGUUGGACGAUCAGUUGCUGACGUAUUUGCGCUAACCUACGCUAUCCUGCACGCGAUGGAUCGUAAUGACUUGCUCCAAGCGCUCGAAUUUGACCCGGAGUAUGGUCUACAGUUUGCGAAAAUAUUUCGACUAUCGUACAAUCUUAGGGACGAGGUAAUUAUGAGAAAGCUUUCGGCUCAUGCUCGUACGACAUCGCGAAGAAUGUCUCGCGAUGUUGAAAGUCGUAGAUAUAGUAUUGUAAACGAAAUACAAGAAAGUGGAUUUAACACUGACUCCAAUGGUAGUUCACCCAACAGUCAGCAUAUAAUAGACACUGACUCGCCCAUUAAACCUCUAAAUGUAAUGAACAGACCGAGAAGAGCUACUCUUGGAAAUGAAAUGAAUGACAUUCAGGAGGAGAACGAGCUUGAUAAUGCUGGUGACAAUGAUAACAAACAAAGAAACGAUCCUCAAUACUCCAAGGACAUCUCUAAAGAAUUUUUGUUGGAGAUUACUACAAUGAAAUCCGAAGUUCACCACGAGAUUCAAUUAAUGGGAGAGAAAAUGAAUGCACUGGAGGAAAAUAUUUCUACCAUAUUAAGUAUUCUUCGUAAUCAAGAAUGCAAUUCACAAGGGCCUGUUUUCUCUGGCGACAGUGGGCUGUCAGAAAAGACACAAGAAAAAACUCAAAGUAGAACUGCUAAUAUCAUAUCUCGUGUGAAAUCAGAGAUGCCGGAACAAGUCUUACCAGAUUGGGUAGAAGAGGAGAAUUUUGGAAUAAAACGAGAGGAAAACGAAAAUGUUCACAAGGAUGUCAAACAGAACCAUAAAAGAUUUAUAACUCCAUCUGCAAAUGAAAUCACCCAGGAAACUAAUGAUGGUACUCGUCAGAUACCUUUUGAUGAAAAAGAUUUAGUGACGUCAUGGACAUCACGUGAACCUAACGAGAAAAAAAAGAAUCGUAAAAAGAGAAAAGAGAGAUCAUUUAGACGAACGAACAAGAAAGAUAAAGAAAGCGAAAAAGCACUAAAGGAAAUGUCAAAUAAGCCAAACGACAACCGUUGAUAUAAAAAUGCCCAAAUCAUGGAGCAGACUUUCCUAUGUCACUGAACCUGAAAGGAAAUUGAUGAAUCGAAUUUCAUAUUACUUAAACAUAAUCACAGAAGCAUGCCAAAGAUCGCUGAUUUUAUAUUUAAAACUUAGAUAUGCAAUUCUGCCAAAUAACCAAACAGCCAAUAAUUUUGAAAGUAUAUACUUACAAUUCGCAGCACAAGUAUGCACUUUUUAUUUCAUUACAUUGUAAUGUAAAAUUUUUUUUGUAUUUAUUGCACGUAUUUAGUUGGUUGAAUGUGCCAUACAAACUAUUUGCGUUUGUUUUUUUUUUCAGGACAACAGUAAAUGAUGUAAUAAACACCUGAAUUAUCAUUUCGAUAAA